AUGGGGUUGAGGCGCCUUGUGAACAUGGAAGAGCAAGACAUGGCCAUGUUUGAGCGUGAUAUGAAGGAGCACAUUUUCAAUGCUCUUGGUAGAGCAAGGAAGAGGACUGGAAGAAGUGAUGUUUUUGUUAGUCUUAAAGAUGAAAUGGGCAACUUCAAGAAAUGCAUAUCUAGAUCUGAUGAUGUUGAGGGAAUGCUAUCACUGUAUGAAGCCUCAUUUCGUUCAGUGGAAGACGAAUUUAUACUCGACGAAGCAAGAGAUUUCACAUCGAAAUUUCUCAAAGAAUUUGUGGACAAAAAUAGAGGAAAUGACACAUCAAUCCUAAUCAAUCAUGCUUUGGAGCUUCCAUUGCAUUGGAGGGUGCCAAGAUGGGAGGCUCUAUGGUUCAUUAACUUCCUAACUGAGAGAAGGCAAAAUGCGAGUAGUCAUGCUUUGCUUCAGUUUGCUACAUUGGAUUUCAACAUGGUUCAAAGCAUUCACCAAGAAGAACUCAAGUAUACAUCAAGAUGGUGGAAAAGAACCGGCCUCGUUGAAGAGUUAAGUUUUAUUAGGGACCGGUUGGUGGUUAAUUUAUUUUGGACGGUAGGAUUGAAUUUUUUGCCAGAUCUUGGAAAUUUCAGAAAAGUCAUAACAAAGGUCAUUUCCCUUAUAACCACUAUUGAUGAUAUUUAUGAUGUAUAUGGUACCUUGGAUGAAUUAGAGCUCUUCACAGAAGCAAUAAAAAGAUGGGAUCUAAAUGCUAUGGAUGGUCUCCCACACUACAUGAAAAUAUGCUUCCUUGCACUCUAUAACUUUGUCAAUGAAACAGCUUAUGUCAUCCUCAAAGAGAAUGGUUACAACGUCAUUCCAUACCUAAAGAAAGCAUGGGCUGAUUUAUGUAAAGCACAAUUGGUUGAGGCUAGAUGGUACUAUAGUGGAUAUACUCCAAGACUGCAAGAAUACAUGGAGAAUGCGUGGAUAUCCAUAAGUGCACCUCUUGUACUAAUUCAUGCUUACUUUUUGAUUCCAAAACCAUUGCAAGAGGAGGAUUUUGUUUGCUUAUUAGAAGAAUACCCCAACAUAAUUCGCUUUUCAGCAAUUAUUUCACGCCUUGCGAAUGACAAUAUUGCAUCAUGCCAGCGAGAGAUGGAGACAGGUGAUGUUUCUAAAUCAGUUCAAUGUUACAUGAAUGAAACUGGAGCUUCUGAAGCAGAUUCUUGUGAGUACUUACAGUCCAUGAUAUGUACAACAUGGAAGAAGAUGAAUGAAGAAGCACUUAAUUCUUCUUUUUCUAGGAGUUUCAUAGAUAUUGUUGUAAAUGUUGCAAGAAUGGCAGUGUGCAUGUACCAGUAUGGAGAUGGUUAUACAGUACAUGAUCAUGACACCAAGACUCGUAUACAAUCAUUGAUUAUGCAACCCAUUCCAGUUACAUCUAAAGAGGAAUAUGCUGCUGAAAUGAAUAACUAA